CAUCACCGAUUGAAACGCUAUUUAGCGCACACCGCUAACUAAGCUAGCCGUUUCACAUCCGUGACACAGGUAAGGGGGAAUCGGAAAGAUCAGCACAGGAAUACAAUAUUCUCAGAGCAGGCUCAACUUGCCCGACUGCAAAUAAUUCCAUAAAUGAUGAAACUCUUCGGGCAACCCAAAAAUAGUCCUGACUUGCCGGAAUGGGCAAGUGCCUUUAAGACUUAAUGUCAAUUACUUACAAAGAAAGACAUCUCCAAUGGGAUAAUACGCCACCUGUCUCUGAUAUUUCAUGUCUGAAUUAGUCCCUUAGUCUGGUGUCUUAUAUAUCAGGCCUGGGUAGGCUACAGUUUUAAUGUCUGAAUUAGUCCCUUAGUCUGGUGUCUUAUAUAUCAGGCCUGGGUAGGCUACAGUUUUAAUGUCUGAAUUAGUCCCUUAGUCUGGUGUCUUAUAUAUCAGGCCUGGGUAGGCUACAGUUUUAAUGUCUGAAUUAGUCCCUUAGUCUGGUGUCUUAUAUAUCAGGCCUGGGUAGGCUACAGUUUUAAUGACUUUAUAUUUAUUAGUCUGGGAACAGAACAGAGUUCCUUUAAGAAGUGGAAAGGCAGUGAGGCAAUAGUGACACAUUGCCUCUUGCCUUUGAGCUGUGGUUUUGUGUUUGGAUGAAUGAGAUGUGUAAGUGUGUGUUUGGAUGAAUGAGAUGUGUAAGUGUGUGUUUGGAUGAAUGAGAUGUGUAAGUGUGUAUUUGGAUGAAUGAGAUGUGUAAGUGUGUGUUUGGAUGAAUGAGAUGUGUAAGUGUGUGUUUGGAUGAAUGAGAUGUGUAAGUGUGUGUUUGGAUGAAUGAGAUGUGUAAGUGUGUAUUUGGAUGAAUGAGAUGUGUAAGUGUGUGUUUGGAUGAACGCCACAGGUGCUUUCUCUCCCCAGGUGGAGAAAAAUGUCUAAACUUUUUAAACUCUGAAAAGGAAAACUAUUUCCCUCUCUUGGAAUUGUCAUGUUCUCUCAUCCACACCUGGUAGUGACUCUCUCAGGUAUUUACACUGAGGCAAGCACACAGAGCGGCAGGGUAGCCUAGUGGUUAGAGCGUUAAUAAAGGUUAAAUAAAAUAAACAUAGCAAACGAUAUAUGUUAAUGAUUCUUAAUUUUUCUUAAUAUUUCAAACAUUGGCCAGAACAGCCCCAUAGCCUUUGUCAAAAGUUUCUCAAGAGACCAGCAAAUGAACAAUGCUCUCUGCAUGUGAUUUCUCCUCUAAGGAUUAGGCUAGAGGGCCGCCCCUACAUUAACAUUGUUUGGGAUUACUGCAAACAGCAACUUCUUAGGAAUUUUGGAUUUCACAGCAAGACUGUUUUUUCAGACUCUCAGGUGAGGUCAUGUGGUCAAAUAGCAGCAUAGCAUGUGUCUGUGUUGUCAUAGUGACUGGACUGGGGGAAACAGGAGCUAUUCUGAAAAAUACAAAAGGCAAAGAAAAUAUAUUUUACAAGGUGAUCAACUGUGAUGAGUCUUGUGAUAUGUAGCCAACAUUAAAGGUUGAUCUGUAAAGGUACAUUUGAAUGUUGUAUGUGAUCAAAUGGUUGACCCUGGGUUAGAGAUGUCUCCAACAAAUAUGAUGUUUUCCUAUUGAAUGUACAAGGUGCAUUUCCUAAACUCCCACAUUGUGUCUAACUAACUGGUGGCCAGCGUUCUUCUUCUUCUUCUGGGGAUUUUAUAUAGUGGUUGACAACCAACUUUAAGGUGCAUCUCCGCCACCAACUGGACUGGAGUGUAAAACCAGUGAGAAUGAAGGUCUAAAUUCUAUUCAAUAUUCUCGUCUCCCAAAGGAAAAUUAAAUACCGCAUCUCCUGGAGAUUUCCCCAGCAGUUCACUCAAUUUUGGCUAGCGCCAGCCCCUAUAGGCGAUUCGUGCUUGUAUUUGGCCUAGUGACUCUGCUGACUGCUGCGACACAACACGUGUUUGUUGCGUUAUCCAGCCUCCGCAGUGCCACAGAAUCUGAACGCCAUCUGGUGGCGAAUCAUAGCGAAGGAGAAAGUUGUUUUGUUUGUUAUAAAGCAGAACAAACUUACAUUUUUUUAAUGUGGGGAUUGAUUUAGAUUAACUUGUGUGUGGAAAAAUGUUAAGUCCAUGAAUAAAUCCAGAGUUAACCUUCAUAAGAGGUGGUGGAGUAGCCUCUGUGAUACCAGGAAGUGGAGCCAGUUCGUUUCUGUAGGAAAAAAACUAUUAUUCCCAUGAUGCAGUUCAUGUUCCAGUAACAUCCCAUGCUGCGGUUGUUUUUGUUCUGUCGCUGCUGUCAACCAUCACGAGAUAAAUAACGGUCUGUAGGCGGAAUGACGGCAGUAGACUUCAAUUAAAGGUGUUGUCGUUGCAAGUAAGUACUAUCAUCAGGCUUAACGUUGCACGGUUCGCGUGUUUUCCCGCAAUGUUGUCUUCGGUUCCACCGCGGAUCUUCAUGCGAAGGUCGCGCAGCCUUUCCCCGUGCCGUGUGCUCCAGACAAGCACAAAGGACGCCGCGAGGAACCACAUCAUCCUCGAUAAAGCGGACGCCAACCGGAACCCCCUCGUUUCUACCUCCCGUGUCUCCCGUAGAGGAAUUCUGAGCGAGGAGGCGAAAGGCCAGAGUGUGAGCCUGGCUAUACAGUAUCACCAUCUGGCCCCCAGGUGGCUCUCUAAUCUCCAGGGUCGCAGGAGCUCCUGGGCCUCUCUGGCUUCCAAGGGACGCAACAACAACCUGUAUUGGGAACAGAGCGGGGGAAGGACCGGGGGACAGAGCGGGGGAAGGACCGGAGGACAGAGCGGGAGCAGCCGCCCUUACGCACUGGCCUCUGCUGGGGUACUGUCUGCUGCAGCCAUGGCCUUCUGCCUCAAGAAGGACUCUGAUACGAAAGGUGAUGCACUUCUGGAGGCUGCAAGGACCAACAGCUCACAAGAUGUGGCAAGGUUGCUGGGCGAGGGGGUGGAGCCUAACCACAGACACCGUCUGGGCUGGACCUCUCUCAUGGUGGCAGCUAUGAACCGCCAGCACAGCGUGGUGAAGGUUUUGCUGGAGUCUGGGGCUGAUCCUAACGCAGGAGACGACUUCAACAACGUCUAUGACACGUCCAGAGAGAAGGGCAUUCACUCACUGGAAGUGUUAGUUUCCAGGGAGGAUGAAUUUAGUAGCAGGCUAAGUAGCAGGGCUGGUUUCCGUGGUUGCACAGCCCUACACUACGCAACGCUGGCCGACGACCCACUCGCUGUACGCAUGCUGCUGGAAAAAGGUGCCAACCCCCUGCAGACCAAUGCCUUAGGACACACAGCCAGAGCCUACGCCAAGGAGGGAGAGUUACACACACUACUGCUGGAGUGGGAGGGCAAGUUCCAGGAAGCUCAAGCUAAGAGAGAGGCAGAGGAGAGAAGACGUUUCCCUCUGGAGAAACGACUGAUGGAGCACAUCAUCGGUCAGGAGGGGGCCAUCAACACUGUGGCUUCAGCGAUCAGGAGGAAGGAGAAUGGCUGGUAUGACGAAGAACAUCCCCUUGUCUUCCUCUUCCUCGGCUCCUCUGGAAUCGGUAAGACUGAGCUGGCCAAACAGGUGGCUCGUUAUAUGCACAAGGACCUGAAAAAGGGAUUCAUCCGCAUGGACAUGUCCGAGUUCCAGGAGAAGCACGAGGUGGCUAAAUUCAUAGGUUCUCCUCCGGGUUAUGUUGGUCAUGAAGAGGGAGGUCAGCUGACUAAACAGUUGAAGGCGUAUCCCAAUGCCGUGGUUCUAUUUGACGAGGUGGACAAGGCCCACCCAGAUGUACUGACCAUCAUGCUACAGCUGUUCGAUGAGGGCCGUCUUACAGAUGGGAAGGGGAAGACCAUUGAGUGUAAGGACGCCAUCUUCAUCAUGACCUCGAACGUGGCCAGUGACGACAUCGCUCAGCAUGCAUUGCAGCUCCGCCAGGAGGCCCAGGAGCUCAGCCGCAGGAAACUGGCCGACAACCUGGACGAUGUUCAGAAGAGGGAUGAUGUCACCAUCUCCAGGCAGUUUAAGGACGCUGUAAUUCGCCCUAUUCUGAAGGCCCAUUUCCGGAGGGAUGAGUUUCUGGGGCGGAUCAAUGAGAUUGUCUACUUCCUGCCGUUCUGCCCCUCCGAACUACAGCAGCUUGUCAGCAAAGAGCUCAACUUCUGGGCCAAGAAGGCGAAGCAGAGGCAUGACAUCACUCUGCUGUGGGACCGUCCUGUUCUGGACCUGCUGGCUGGAGGUUACAACCUGCACUACGGAGCCCGUUCCAUCAAACAUGAGGUACACACACACUUACAGGUGGAGCGGAGAGUGGUCAACCAACUGGCAGCAGCCUAUGAGCAGGAGCUCCUUCCUAAGGGCUGCACCCUCCGCCUGUCCGUCCACUCAGAGGACAGGGGCGGGGCCGAGGGGCAGGAAGGGCUGGAGCAGGGCGUACCCAGUCUGCGUCUCGAGGUAGUGGGGAAGGACAGCACAGCACGGACGCUGGACAUACGCCCUCCUCUCAGCCCCAAUCACUAACACACAACACCCACUGUGUAUAUACACUGUGGAGUCUACUGUCGGCACAUGACCUCAUAAUAACCUAUCACCUCAUAGUCAUGAGUUGGUUUUCAUGGAGCUAAUUAAGCAAUAAGGCCCAGGGAGGUGUGGUAUAUGGCCAAUAUACCAUGGCUAAGGGCUGUUCUUAAGCACGACGCAACAUGGAGUGCCUGGACACAGCCCAUAGCUGUUGUAUAUUGGUCAUAUAUCACAAAUCCCCGAGGUGCCUUAUUGCUGUUAUAAACUGGUUACCAACGUAAUUAGAGUAGUAAAAAUAUUGUUUUGUCCUAACCAUAGUAUACAGUCUGAUAUACCACAGCUGUCAGCCAAUCAGCAUUCAGGGCUCGAACCACCCAGUUUAUAAUGUAAAAUAAAACACGUCUCAUAAGAAACACAUCAUGGUCUCUCUCUCCCUUUCUCACACUGGCUGUCUUCUACCCUUCAUACUGUAUCCACAGUACACACACACACACACACACACACACACACACACAGAUGAGUCAAGUCCCUAUCAGUUCCCUGAAGCAGCUUCAGUGACUACAGCCCAUGUCCUCGUCAGUGUAGCCUGAAGGGUUAAAUCACCCAUUUGCAUGUUUUAUACUAUUUAUCUAGCGUCAGUUAGGACAGAUAUUAACCACGUCUUUCCAUAUCAUCAUUGGAGAGCAGCCGUUGAUGAGGAAGCUGGAGGAAACGGCAAUAGUUCCUUUAUAGAACAAAAUAUAUAUAUAUAUGUAUACAGUACCAGUCAAAAGUUUGGACACACCUACUGAUUCAAGGGUUGUUCUUUUUUUUUAAAUAAUUUUCUACAUUGGAGAAAGUAGUGAAGACAUCAAAACUAUGAAAUAACACAUAUGGAAUCAUGUAGUAACCAAAAAAGUGUUAAACAAAUCAAAAUAUAUUUGAGAUUCUUCAAAUUCUUAGCCACCGUUUGCCUUGAUGACAGCUUUGCACACUUUUGGCAUUCUCUCAACCAGCUUCACCAGGAAUGCUUUUCCAACAGUCUUAAAGGAGUUACCACUUGUUGGCUGCUUUUCCUUCACUCUGCAGUCCAGCACUCCAUCACUCUCUUUCUUGGUCAAAUAGCCCUUACUCAGGCUAGAGGUGUGUUUUGGGUCAUUGUCCUGUUGAAAAACAAAUGAUAGACCCACUAAGUGCAAACCAGAUGGGAUGGCAUAUUACUGCAGAAUGCUGUGGUAGCCAUGCUGGUUAAGUGUGCCUUGAAUUCUAAAUAAAUCACUGACAGUGUCACCAGCAAAGCACCCCCAGACCAUCACACCUCCUCCUCCAUGCUUCAUGGUGGGAACCACACAUGCAGAGAUCAUCCAUUCACCUACUCUGCGAAUCACAAAGACAUGGUAGUUGGAACCAAAAAUCGCAAAUUUGGACUCAUCAGACCAAAGAACAGAUUUCCACCGGUAAAAUAUCCAUUGCUUGUAUUUCUUGGCCCAAGCAAGUCUCUUCUUCUUAUUGGUGUCCUCUAGUAGUGGUUUCUUUGCAGCAAAUCGACCAUGAAGGCCUGAUUCACGCAGUCUCCUCUGAACAGUUGAUGUUGAGAUGUGUCUGUUAAUUGAACUCCGCAAAGCAUUUAUUUGGGCUGCAAUUUCUGAGGCUGGUAACUAAUCAACUUAUCCUCUGCAGCAGAGGUAACUCUGGGUCUUCCAUUCCUGUGGCGGUCCUCAUGAGAGCCAGUUUCAUCAUAGCGCUUGAUGUUUUUUUGCGACUGCACUUGAAGCAACUUUCAAAGUUCUUGACAUUUUCCGUAUUAACUGGCCUUCAUGUCUUAAAGUAAUGAUGGACUGUCGUUCCUCUUUGGUUAUUUGAGCUGUUCUUGCCAUAAUAUGGACUUGGUCUUUUACCAAAUAGGGCUAUCUUCUGUAUACCACCCCUACCUUGUCACAACACAACUGGUUGGCUCAAACGCAUUAAGGAAAGAAAUUCCACAAAUUAACUUUUAACAAGGCACACCUGUUAAUUGAAAUGCAUUCCAGGUGACUACCUCGUGAAGUUGGUUGAGAGAAUGCCAAGAGUGUAAAGCUGUCAAGGCAAAGGGUGGCUAAUUGUAAAAAAAAAAGUGUAACACUUUUUUUGGUUACUACAUGAUUCCAUAUGUGUUAUUUCAUAGUGUUGAUGUCUUCACUAUUAUUCUACAAUGCAGAAUUUUAUUUUUUUUAAAUAAAGAAACCCCCUGGAAUGAGUAGUGGCUUCCAAUCUUUUGACUGGUACUGUAUUUAUAUAUAUAUAUAUAUAUAUGAGAGAGAGAGAUAAACCUGUAUAUGAAGACAUUUAUAGAAGUAGUUGAUUGAUUUAAAGAAAUCGAAACAUUAAGCCAAAGCUAGAAGUUAGUGUUGUCUAUAGUGUUGUUUCAGAGUCUUGUGAGAACAUUCCGCCAGCAGACCAAGUCAUCUGAGUCAUGUAAAAUGUGUUUAUUAGAAAGAACACAUUAACUAAAGUUUAUGGAUGAUAAAUUAUGGAUAUCAAUAAACUGCAUGUUAAAUGUUUCAGUAGUUGCAUGUUAAAUGUUAAGCAUCGCCUCCUUUGUCAUGAAUAUGUUUAGUGGUGUUUGGUGGGAAUCCAUCUGGAAAUGUCGAGAUGUAAAUAUUAUUUAUAUAUUUGAAUGUAUCCUUCAUGUUUACAAGGAGCCGAGCUACAGAAGAGACAUGUUUUUCAUUCUUGUAUACGAACACACAUCAUGUUGUAAAUAAAAUUGCUGUGAUCA